AUGUUCUCGGAGGUUUGUGAGCGGUCUGCAGGUCAUGGUCUCGGAGGUUUGUGUGCGGUCUGCAGGUCAUGUUCUCAGGGGUUUGUGUGUGGUCUGCAGGUCAUGUUCUCAGGGGUUUGUGUGCGGUCUGCAGGUCAUGUUUUCAGGGGUUUGUGUGCGGUCUGCAGGUCAUGUUCUCAGGGGUUUGUGUGUGGUCUGCAGGUCAUGUUCUCGGAGGUUUGUGUGUGGUCUGCAGGUCAUGUUCUCGGAGGUUUGUGUGUGGUCUGCAGGUCAUGUUCUCGGAGGUUUGUGUGUGGUCUGCAGGUCAUGUUCUCAGGGGUUUGUGUGUGGUCUGCAGGUCAUGUUCUCAGGGGUUUGUGUGCGGUCUGCAGGUCAUGUUCUCGGAGGUUUGUGUGUGGUCUGCAGGUCAUGUUCUCAGGGGUUUGUGUGUGGUCUGCAGGUCAUGUUCUCGGAGGUUUGUAUGCAGUCUGCAGGUCAUGUUCUCGGGGGUUUGUAUGCAGUCUGCAGGUCAUGUUCUCGGGGGUUUGUAUGCAGUCUGCAGGUCAUGUUCUCGGGGGUUUGUGUGUGGUCUGCAGGUCAUGUUCUCGGGGGUUUGUAUGCAGUCUGCAGGUCAUGUUCUCGGGGGUUUGUGUGUGGUCUGCAGGUCAUGUUCUCAGGGGUUUGUGUGCGGUCUGCAGGUCAUGUUCUCGGAGGUUUGUGUGUGGUCUGCAGGUCAUGUUCUCAGGGGUUUGUGUGUGGUCUGCAGGUCAUGUUCUCAGGGGUUUGUGUGUGGUCUGCAGGUCAUGUUCUCGGGGGUUUGUGUGUGGUCUGCAGGUCAUGUUCUCGGAGGUUUGUAUGCAGUCUGCAGGUCAUGUUCUCGGGGGUUUGUAUGCAGUCUGCAGGUCAUGUUCUCGGGGGUUUGUAUGCAGUCUGCAGGUCAUGUUCUCGGGGGUUUGUGUGUGGUCUGCAGGUCAUGUUCUCGGGGGUUUGUAUGCAGUCUGCAGGUCAUGUUCUCGGGGGUUUGUGUGUGGUCUGCAGGUCAUGUUCUCGGAGGUUUGUAUGCGGUCUGCAGGUCAUGUUCUCGGGGGUUUGUAUGCAGUCUGCAGGUCAUGGCCAGUAGUAGAAACACAGGCAUGUUCAGUUCCAAGGGUGCUCUGCAGGUCCGAUUCCCUCAUCAGCUUUCAAAACACUCAGUCUUUAUCAGCGGGCAUCCGGGAAGGUUACAGGAGUGUGUGUGUGUGUUAG